AUGGCUAGACUAAGAAAGUCACAUGCAUUUGUGGCUCUCUUCGCUGUGUUGAUCUCAAUGGAAAUGGCGAUCAAUGCUAGGGGCCAAGGUGGUAACAACGGAAACAACAUCGGCAACAACAACAGUGGAGACAACAACGGCAACGGCAACGGCAACAACAACAGUGGAGACAACAACGGCAACAACAAUGGCAACAACAACAGUGGAAGCAACAACGGUAAUGGUAACGGAAACAACAACAAUGGAGGUAGCAACGGCAACGGAAACGGCAACAAUAACGGUGGAAGCAACAACGGCAAUGGUAACGGAAACAACAACAGUGGAAGCAAUAACGGAAACGGUAACGGAAAUGGAAAUGGGAACAGCAAUGAUAAGCCAACGAAGCCGACGAAGCCAGCAGGCGACGCUGCCUCAACACACUACGACGUUUUGACGCCGUUAGCUUCAGGGAGGGAACGAGCUUUCUGCAAAGCCAGGGGGAAAUGUAAUUCCAAAACCCUUACAUGUCCCGCCGAAUGCCCUUCGAGAAAGCCUAAGAACAACAAGAAGAAGAAAGGUUGCUACGUUGAUUGCAGCAGCAAGUGUGAAGUCACUUGCAAGUUUAGAAGACCCAACUGUAAUGGCUACGGUUCCCUCUGCUACGACCCACGUUUCGUCGGUGGUGACGGCAUAAUGUUUUACUUCCAUGGCGCAAAGGGUGGCAACUUCGCCAUCGUCUCCGACGAAAACCUCCAAAUAAACGCACACUCUAUCGGAACAAGGCCCCAAGGCAGGACCCGAGACUACACAUGGGUCCAGGCCCUGUCCGUCAUGUUCGACACUCACACCCUUGUCAUCGGAGCAAAGCGUGUCUCACAAUGGAACGACGCCAAUGAUGCUCUCAUUGCCAGCUGGGACGGCGAGUCCAUCCAAAUCCCAACUGACGGCGAGGCCGAAUGGAGGACCGACAGCACUCUCAACAGACGACAAGUCGUUUUAGAGAGAACCGACGAUUAUAACAGCAUCAGAGUAACGGUGGCAGGUCUCGUGCAAAUGGACAUUAAAGUGAAACCCAUUGGAAAAGAAGAGAACAGAGUCCACAACUAUCAAAUCCCAGAAGGGGAUUCGUUCACUCACUUGGAAACUCAGUUCAGAUUCUUCGACCUCUCAGAUUCUGUUGAGGGGGUUUUGGGUAAGACAUACCAACCAGGUUACGUGAGCCCGGUCAAAAUUGGAGUUCCGAUGCCGAUGAUGGGUGGGGAAGAUAAGUACCAAACGACUUCUUUGUAUUCUCCUCUAUGCAACCUUUGCAGGUUUCAGUGGCCAUCUAUGUCCGACAACAAUGGUGAAGUUGCUCAAUUCUGA